AUGCCCCAAGCUCCACCGGGCACACGCAUCGCCUGCUCCCGCAGCAAGUCCACGCACAUAGAGAUCAUCACGCUGACGCCAGAGGGCCUUCAGAACACGCUGGACGUCCCGGUGUACGGCCGCAUCUCAGCGCUGCGCCUGUUUAAGCCACAGGGUGCAUCCCGGGAGCUGCUGUUCGUCUUGACGGAGCACUACCGCUUCUUCGUGCUGCAGUUUGACCCCGCCACAGGCGCCCCCGUGACCCGCGCGUCUGGCAACGCGAGCGACACCAUUGGCCGCCCCGUUGACAACGGCCAGCUGGGCAUCUUGGACCCCGAGUGCCGCGCCAUCGGGCUGCACCUCUACGACGGCCUGCUCAAGGUGAUACCCGUGGACGACCGCGGCGGGCUGGGGGCCGAGAUGUUCAACUGCCGCCUGGAGGAGCUGUGCGUGAUCGACAUGGCCUUCCUGGCGGGCUGUCCUGUGCCCACUGUGGCGGUGCUAUACGAGGACGCGAAGCACGCGCGGCACGUUAAGACCUACGCCAUCAGCAUGCGCGGCAAGGACCUGGAGGAGGGCCCCCUCGCGCACCAGAAUCUGGAUGCUGGGGCCGGCAUGAUCAUCCCCGUGCCCGCACCCCUGGGGGGCGCCAUAGUGGUCGGGGAGAGCGUCGUCACCUACUUCAGCACCAGCGCCCCCCAGUACCAGCGCAGCGCGGCGUUGAGGCAGACCAUCGUGCGGGCCUACUGCCAGAUCGACGACGACGGCAGCCGGUACCUGCUGGGCGAUUACCUGGGGGGGCUGCACCUGCUGGUGCUGGCCUGUGUGGACGGCAGCGUGGUGGGCCUCAAGCUGCAGCACCUGGGGACAACCAGCGCCGCCAACGCGCUCUGCUACCUCGACAACGGCGUGGCGUUCGUGGGCAGCAGGUCGGGGGACCACCAGCUCAUACGGCUGCACAGCCAACCCGUCAACGGCGGGGCAGCGGCGGCGGGGGGCGGGGGCGGCAGCAGCGGCACAGGCGCGGCAGAGGCGGGCGGCGGCGAGGACGCGGCAGCGGCGGCGGGCGGCGGCGUCGCCGUGGGGCCAGGGCCGUCGUCGUUGGCGGCCGGUGGCGGCGCGGCAGCGGCGCCUGCUGGUGGCAGUGGAGACGAGCGUGACGGUGGCGCCGGCCCCUGCUAUGUUGAGGUGCUGGACUCUUUCACCAGCCUGGCGCCCAUCCUGGACUUUGCGGUGCAGGACAUGGACCGCGCAGGGCAGGGGCAGCUGGUGAUGUGUUGCGGCACACUGCGAGACGGCUCCCUGCGUGCUGUGCGCAACGGCAUUGGCCUUAACGAGCUCAACUGCGUGGAGCUGGCGGGCAUCCGCGGCGUGUGGGCGCUGCGGCCGGGGUGGCGCGACGCAUAUGACAGGUUGCUGGUGAUGGCAUUUGUUGGGGAGACGCGGCUGCUGGCCAUUGACGAGGAUGAUGAGCUGGGGGAGGUGGAGCUGGCCGGGUUUGACAGCGGGCGGCAGACACUGCUGUGUAGCAAUACGCUGCACGACACACUGCUGCAGGUCACGGGUGCUGCUGUGCGGCUGAUUGAAUCCAGCGGUGCGCGCUGCAUUGCCGAGUGGUCGCCCCCGGAGGGUCGCACCAUAAACCUGGCGGCUUCCAGCCCGAGCCAGGUGCUGCUGUCUACUGGCGGGGGCGCCCUCACCUACCUCGAGGUUCAGGAGGGGGGCCUGGUGGUGCGCGGCACUGCAACGCUGGCGGCGGAGGUUGCAUGCCUCGACAUCACACCCACAACAGGCGGGUCUAGGGAGGCGUCGCAGCUUGCCGCGGUGGGCAGCUGGUCCAUGGAGGUGCAGCUGCUGCGACUGCCAGACCUGGCGCCCGUGGCUACGCAGCCGCUGGGGUCUGAGCAGGUCAUCCCUCGCAGCGUGCUGCUGGCCGGCUUUGAGGGCUCCCAUCACCACCUGCUGGUGGGCCUGGGGGACGGCACGCUGCACAGCUGGAGGCUGGACCCCGCGGCAGGACGCCUCAGCGACAAAAAGCAGAUUCAGCUGGGCACCAAGCCCAUCCAGCUGCGCACUUUUGCCAGCGGGGGUGUCAACUACGUGUUUGCCGCCUGCGACCGCCCCACCAUCAUAUACAGCCAGAACAGGAAGCUCAUAUACUCAAACCUCAACGAGAACGAGGUGAACUUCAUGGCGCCCUUCAACAGCGCAUCGUUCCCUGACAGCCUCGCCAUAGCCAAGGAGGACUCCCUCACCCUGGGCACCAUUGACGCCAUCCAGAAGCUGCACAUACGCAGCGUGGCGCUCGGGGAGCAACCGCGGCGCCUUGCGCUGCAGGACGCGACGCGCACCCUGGCAGUUGCAACGGCCGGGCUGCUGGGCGGCAUGGCACCCUCUGGUGCGGCUGCGGACCGUGGGCAGCUGCUGGUGUUUGACGACGCCACGUUUGACCGCGUGGCCUCCUACCCUCUGGCGGCCCAGGAGCUGCCCUGCUCGCUGUGCAGUGUCGUGUUUGCGGGGGACGACACACCCUACUACGCACUGGGCACGGCGGUGGUCAAGCCUGAGGAGUACGAGCCGUCAAAGGGGCGCAUUGUGUUGCUGGCAUACAGGGGAGGCGGCAAGCUGGAGGCCGUCGAGUCGAAAGAGGUCAAGGGGGCGGUGUACGCGAUGCAGCCGUUCCAGGGCAAGCUGCUGGCCUCUGUCAAUUCCAAAGUGCACGUGUUCAAAUGGGUGCCGGCAGGUGGCAGCGGCGCUGCGGAGCUGGUCAGUGAGACCAGCACCCCGGUGCAGGUGCUGUCGCUCUACCUGGCAGCACGGGGUGACUUCAUCCUGGUGGGGGACCUGAUGAAGAGCCUCACCCUGCUCAUGUACAAGGCGGCAGAGGGCAGCUUGGAGGUGCGGGCGCGCGACCUGGACAGCAAGUGGCUCACGGCCCUGGCUGCGCUGGACGACGACACGUACGCCCUGGCGGACAACAGCCACAACCUGGUGGUGCUGCGCAACAAUUCCGACGCGGCAACGGACGAGGAGCGGGCGCGGCUGCAGGCCGUGGGCUGCGUCCACCUAGGCCAGUUUGUCAACGCCAUGCGCCACGGUAGCCUGGUCAUGCGGCUCCCCGACAGCGAGCUGGCCUCAAUACCUACACUCCUGUUUGGCGGCGUGGAGGGCGCCAUCGGCGUGAUGGCCUCCCUGCCGCAGGACCUGUACGCCCUGCUGGAGAGGCUGCAGGCUGCGCUGGAGAGGGUGGUGCCGGGCGUUGGCGGGCUGGAUCACGCCACGUGGCGUGCGUUCCGGGACGAGCGGCGCUCCGAGGCAUGCCGCGCGUUCAUCGAUGGCGACCUGGUAGAGUCCUUCCUUGACCUUUCGCCUGAGCUGGCGGCGCAGGCUGUUGAGCUCAUGGGCCCGGGGCACAGCGUGGAGGACAUCACGCGCCGCGUGGAGGAGCUGCAGCGCCUGCACUGA